UUUGGAACGUGGGUCAUUGAGAAAACUGUCCACAUGACUCAAACUAUGAACUACAUUUCUUCACACCAUUGUUUCUCAGAGAUGAGCUUUAGAGAAGACAAUGGUGGGGUGUGAAUGAUGAAGAGAAAGAUUGUGUUAUGCAUCUUCCAUGGCCUGCCAUUGUGCUUAUUAUGCUUUCUCAGUAUCUCCACAGAGGGAUUUCCUCAACAAAACAACAAAGUUAAAGCCAUCAAGUAGAUUCAAUCCUGUUCUCCUUUCUUCCAUAAGCAAUGCUGGAGCCUCCUACAACACUCUUGUUUCUGAGGCUGUUAGGCUUUUGGGUCCUCCAGCAAGAUUCGAAGCAUCAAAGCUGAAAGUUGUUUUCAUGGGAGAAGAGUUGAACAAGUAUUCAGGAAUUAUUCCAAGAACCUACAUCCUAUCCCACUGUGACUUUACAGCUAACUUAACCUUAAAUAUCUCUAAUGUCAUCAACCUUGAUCAGUUAAAUGGGUGGUAUAAUAAGGAUGAUGUAGUUGCAGAAUGGAAGAAAGUGAACAAUGAAAUGUGUCUCCAUGUCCAUUGCUAUGUCAGUGGUCCCAAUCCCCUGCUGGACCUGGCUGCUGAGUUUAGAUACCACAUAUUCUCAAAGGAAUUGCCUUUAGUACUUAAAGCAGUGCUACAUGGAGAUUCAGAACUUUUUGGAGAGCAUCCUGAGCUACUGGAUGCCUUGGUUAGGGUAUAUUUUCAUUCUAGUUCACGAAAGUACAAUCGUACAGAAUGUUGGGGGUCUCUCAAGAAUGCUGCAGAGGGAAUGCAAGGGGACCAAAUCCAAGGUUUAUUAAGUGGAAGAGAAGACAGUUUUAGGCAGAAAUGGAGAUGCCCAAAAUCCAUCUUCCAAGCUCUUUUUGCCUUCCUUCUUUGAAGUGCACAUAAUAGGCAACUUUAACAUCAAAGGGUUUUCUAAUCUUUCAUGCAACAAGGACUACAAAUUUUCAGGUGCCAGAGCCAAAAAAACAGGAUUCAUCAUUCUUAGUGAAACCUUGAGAGGUUCUUUGGGAAGUGAAAAACGCCAAGCUCACAUCACAUAAGAAAUGUGGGAUCACUUGGUUCUUUACAAUUCACACAUUUGUUCAAAUGGAAAUAUCGACUCACAAUUGAUGUGUUGCUGAGACCAUUUCUUUCAUUUGUUGAAAUAGAAAAUUGCUGAUGUUUCUGUGUA